CCCACUUAUGUUGCCUAUAUAUACCAUGCUCCCUCAUGACUCUCAACAAAAUAGCAUCACUUUUCUUUCAAAGCACCUAAGGUUAAGGUAUGUCCAUGACUCACGAUAGCGACGUGGACCACCUGCCAACAAGUGUACCUAAGAUAAACAAACUUCAACGGUUUUCUAGACACGUACCUACGCACGGUGAGAAAUAAAACGUUCUAAAGUAUUAAACUAGUGAAUCACGGUCAAUGCUGGCCAUUUGACUCAGAAUGCGUGGAAGCCACGUCAAAGAAACGCGUGAGUAGGCCGACGUGCGAGUAACACUGUGGUGAGUUGGGUACCUUAAGGUCAGGAAGUAGGUCCUUAAUCAGGUACAUAACAAAAUAUCCUCACGUCUUAUCGCGUCACUACGAUUUGAACUUCCACCUGGAUAUCUGAAGACCUUUAGCGGCGACCUGCUAGCGUCAUUUUGUUUUGAGGUUAUUAAUUGGUUGUUUUUAAAAACUUCCCUCCGCCGACCUUACUGUCCAAGGUCUACUCUUCAACAUACUCCAAACUUGCAGUGCAAAUUACUUAUCUGUUAUAUCAUUUUCUAACUAUCGGAACACGAUAUAUUGGAAGAACCUUUCUACUAGAAAGAUGCCUUCUCGCCAAUUACAUCUCGGCGCUUCUAAAACAGGAUUCCUCGAGAUCGUGGAUUUACCACGGCCUGGAUCCCCUUUCGAUAUACUUCCAGAUGAAUUACUCCUCGCUAUUGUAGAGUUUGCGGCUCGCAAUGAUGGAUACAGCUAUAGCAACUGUUGCUCCGGUGGCCGAGAUUACCCAACUAUCGUGGCGUUAACGAAGGUUUGCCGCCGUUUAAACGGUUUAGCGACACCAUUCCUUUACAAUUGGGUCGAUUUCAACUUCUCUUCUACCUUGGACUACAAUUCUCUACAUCAUCGUGCCUUGUUACCUCGUCGACAAGACUGCAGACAACUAAAUAUCACUCUCAACUAUCCUCGCCUUCUGCAAGAGGAGCACGUCAUUGCUGCAAUGGACUUCUUCACGGGCUUCAACCGAGUAAGAUGCCUGAUAAUCGAGGAAGGGUUUAAUGACUGGCGUCAUAGUGCGACAUGGGAACUAAUUGACGAAGUUUUGAUGCAUAUGCCAGAUUUAAAGCAUUUCACACUCAGAAAGAAUAUUCGGAGCCGUUUAUACCCCAACCUUCUACUAUCGUCUCUAAUGAAAAACACUACCGUUUCGAGACUUGAGACCUUGAAAUUUUCGGGAGAAGGAAAUUGGGGAUUAACACAACGUCUUGCCAACCGAGAUAAGAUGGCUACUCUGAGAAAUCUUAACCUACAAAACUUCGACAAAGAUGGCGGAUCUAUAGAACGUUUGAUCAGAUGGUCUAAACAGCUUCGGUCUUUCUCUCUUUCGCACAGCUUCUGCGAUGACAAACAAGACUAUAUGGAUCUAACCAUGCUCGGCACGUGGCUUUCAUCUCAAACCGAGACACUUGAGGAAAUAGAUAUCGGUAUUCUGUCGUCUUCGGCUAGCGGUAAGAUCUUUGACUUGUCCCAAUAUCGGGCAUUAAAGUUCCUUCGGCUUUCCAGAUAUUCCUUCUCGCCUGAUCUGGAAUCUUGCGAAAGCGACGCGAACCUGAUACUCUCACCGGGGCUUCAAGAUUUCUGUUGGAAUUUCAUGCGUCCUUCUCCCCAUUCUGCGCCACGCGGUGAUGAAUUCGGAGAAAAGGAAGAGCAAUGGCUGCAGAAAUUUGUGGAUAUAGCAGUGUCAAAGUCAUCACCACUCAAGACGAUAUUCCUUGACUUUGAUGUCGAGUUUCAUAACUGGUGGACAUGGCCUUCGGGUCAUUUGACCAGAUUGAAUGAAUAUUGCCGUCAGUUCGGCAUUACUCUCCAUUAUAAGGAACCUUAUUUCGAACCACGGAUUGAGAGUGAGUGGAUGAGGACACGCCCCGCGGAACCCCACGAAUACGGCGUAAGAGACAUUAGGGAAUACUUCUUGCCGCUCUCCUGCACCUCCCAUAAUACUCUAUAGCGCUAUAAUUGCGAACUCCUUCAGGCGGCGCCAAAAGCACAAUGCUGACGCCCAAUAUAGCAAUGGGAGGCGGACAAUCCUUUAGUUUAGGGCGAAUCUAGUGGCUAGAUUCUAGCCACUAGUAGAUAUACAUCAUUGAGGUAGAUUUACAGAGACUGAAUUCCACGAUUCCC